AUGUCGAGCCUCUCCCCCGACGAGGUCAAGCGCGAGCUCGCAAGGCUCACGGAGCUCGCGGGCGUCGAGCUCAGGCCUGAAGUUUUCGAUGUUUUGGUGGAGCUGACUCGGUUGGAUGUUGUCCCGACCGCGACGGCACAGGUGCUAAAGAGUCUGUGUACCAAGUCCGCCAUGAGGCAGUCCACGGGGGGUGCGUCCGCGAUGACGGGGAGGUGA